CCACAGAACGAGACGGUAGAGAGCGUCUUAUUAUCUCUUGUGUUUAUGAUUAAAUGAUACGCGUUUAAUUCGAUCAAACAUGAAUGAGGAGAAGUAUCCGCGAUCAUCCAUUGAGGAUGAUUUUAAUUAUGGCACGAACGUCGCGACGGCGAGUGUCCACAUCCGGAUGGAUUUCCUCCGCAAGGUCUACACCAUCCUGUCAUUGCAGAUUAUUGUCACCACUGCUGUAUCUGCCCUUUUCAUGCUCUGUAACCCCAUAAAAAUCUUUGUGCAUGAAAGUCCCGUGCUGGUGUUGAUAUCUGCUAUCGGGUCCCUUAUCCUUCUCCUUGCCUUGGCUGUGUACCGUCACCAGCACCCUGUCAAUCUUUACUUGCUGUUUGGAUUUACUCUGUUGGAAUCUCUGUCUGUAGCCACUGCAGUGUCAUUUUAUGAGUACACCAUAGUGCUCCAGGCCUUUGUGCUCACGUCUGCUGUGUUCCUGGGUCUCACUGCCUACACUUUCCAGUCUAAAAGAGACUUCAGCAAACUCGGAGCCAGUCUGUUUGCUGGCCUGUGGAUCUUGAUCAUUGCAAGCUUUAUGAGGCUUUUCUUCUACAAUGACACGAUGGAGUUGGUCUUCGCUGGGGCUGGAGCUCUGCUGUUCUGCGGGUUCAUUAUUUUCGAUACUCACUUGCUGAUGCAUAAGCUGUCACCGGAGGAGCACGUCCUGGCAUCCAUCAAUCUGUACCUGGACAUAGUCAACCUGUUCAUCUACAUCCUGCGCAUCCUCGACUCCAUGAAGAAACACUGAAUGUUAGAUGCUCCUCUUCACUUUCUGAAGUGAAUUCUGGGUGCAGUGCUGGGAGUGGUAUAAAAAUAAUAUUCUUUCAUUUAAUAGAUUCCAUAUAAAUUAAAUAAUGUUGUAACUAAUCAAAUAAUAAAGAUUUGCACACAAAAAAUGUAUACAACAAUCUAAAAUAUUUAUUUGAAUAAAAGUCUUCAAAAAAUCACUGAAUAUAAGACAUUAAUGUCUUUGCAUUGCAGUUUUUGCAGUGUUCAGAAUAAAUGGAGUAUGUGUGCUUUUCUUCUAACUGGGCAUUAACAGCAAGCUCCUCAAGACACUCUUAUUGCGAUGUAGUUUCCCAACCAGCUGAAUACUUUCAGCUUGCAAAUCGGUAUUUGUAAUUUAAUGGCCGCAUGAAUUUUGCAAACCUGAUUGUACAACUUAACUUGAUCUGCUGUGUUGAUUAGAUUUCUGUCGACUGUAGUGUGACUUGUAAUCCAUGGUGAUUUUGCAUAUUUAAUUAGGUGUUGUUGUGAAUCAGUGUUUAUGGAUUGGGAACAAACUGUAUUUGAAGCCUGAGACUCUUUUCUUUAAUUUAGACUUGUAUGUGGGAUCUUAAUGAAUAACUUAAAUUCUAAUUAGACAAUCUUACUAAAAAAAAAAAAAAACUAUAAUGAAAUCAAAA